UAAUGUUUACAACCGUUGGACUAUCAAUAAUUUUAUCGUAAAAACUGUAAUUGUGUUGAUAUUUCAGCUGCAGGUGGGAAGAUAAGCGUAUGAUGGUGCGAGCUAAAUGACCUCUUCACGCAUUAAGGUGUUUGUUAACUGUGAGCCCCCUGGCUGCUCUCCACUCUGAGUCUGCAUCUGGCAGGAACAUUUUAGUGUGCAAAGUUUGCUGGUAAACAGUGUCCUGAUGGAGUGGGUGUUCAUCAUGAACCGGAUGAGCUCUCAGGGUAGCUCCGCAGCCCAGCGGAGGCGGAUGGCCCUGGGGGUGGUGAUACUCCUGCUGGUGGAUGUCAUCUGGGUAGCCUCCUCUGAGCUAACCUCAUACAUUUUCAAGCGGCAGGAGUACAACAAACCCUUCUUCAGCACGUUCACCAAGACCUCCAUGUUUGUUCUCUACUUGCUGGGUUUCCUGCUGUGGCGGCCCUGGAGGCAGCAGUGCACCGGCACGCUGAAACGCCGCCACUCUGCGUUUUUUGCUGAUGCUGAGGCCUACUUUGCGCCUUGCACCACCGACACGACUGUCAACAACUGUUUGAGUGAGCCGCUGUACGUUCCAGUGAAGUUCCAGGAUGUUCCUGCUGAGCACUCCAACUGUUUAAUUGCAGACUGUGAUUCUUCAGCGUCCAAAAAGCAGCGUGUGCGUUUCAGUAACAUCAUGGAGGUGCGUCAGCUGCCCUCCACUCAGGCCCUGGAGGCCAAACUGUCCCGCAUGUCCUACCCAGCCGCCAAGGACCACGAGGCCAUGCUGCGCACGGUGGGCAAGCUCACCAUCACUGAUGUGGCCAAAAUCAGCUUCUUCUUCUGCUUUGUGUGGUUCCUGGCCAACCUGUCCUAUCAGGAGGCUCUGUCUGACACACAGGUCGCCAUCGUCAAUAUUCUUUCAUCCACCUCAGGCCUGUUCACGCUCAUCUUGGCAGCCAUAUUUCCCAGCAACAGCAGCGACCGCUUCACCUUGUCCAAACUGUUAGCCGUGGCUCUGAGCAUGGGAGGUGUUACUCUUGUGAGUUUCUCCAGCAUGGAUAACCCCGAUGAGAAAGGUGUCACAGGUUCUUUGUGGUCUCUGGCGGGGGCGGUGCUGUACGCUGUCUACAUUGUAAUGAUCAAGAGACGAGUGGAUCGGGAGGAUAAGCUCGACAUCCCCAUGUUCUUUGGGUUUGUGGGUCUGUUCAACCUGCUGCUCCUGUGGCCGGGCUUCCUCCUGCUCCACUACACGGGCUUCGAGGCCUUUGAGCUUCCCAGCCAGCUGGUGUGGACGUACAUACUCAUUAACGGCCUCAUCGGGACCGUUCUCUCCGAGUUCCUCUGGCUCUGGGGCUGUUUCCUCACAUCAUCUCUAAUCGGGACUCUGGCAUUGAGCCUCACCAUCCCGCUGUCUAUUAUGGCAGAUAUUUGCAUGCAGAAGGUGCGUUUCUCGUGGCUGUUUUUCGCCGGGGCGGUUCCCGUCUUCCUCUCCUUCUUCAUCGCCGCACUCUUGUGCCACUACAACAACUGGGACCCGGUCCUGGUGGGGCUGAGGAGAGUGUACGUCUUCAUCUGCAGAAAACAUCGCAUUCAGAGAUUGCCAGAAGACAGCGAGCAGUGUGAAAGCCUUAUCCCUCUACACACGGUCUCCCCCAACGAAGGAAGCUUCUGCUCAUGAUCCAGCAGCCAAUCACAAAGUGGCGAAUGUGGAUCUCGCUGAGCUGACAAUCUGGAAGCUUUCAGAGACAUUGAACUACCCCAGUGCCUCCUAUUAAAUCUAUUUAUUUUCUACAGUGUUGGGACAAAAUGCAUCCAUUUCUACAAGUUUUUAUUUUCACUUUUUUUUUAAUUUUUUUUUUUUACUUUUUUGAUGUUUUUUCUGUGUAAAAAAAGAAACCUUAUGGUUCUCGAGGUGCUGGACAUGAUUAGUGAUUACUUUAUUGUCAUGUGACCAAAUGAAAACGGUACAUGUUGAACUUGAUCUUGACACUAACAGAGGCAGAGCAACUGUGUGUGUGUGUGUGUGUGUGUGUGUGUGCGUGUCUGUGUGUGUGUGUGUGUGUUUCUUAAAAAAGAAUCUAAAAUCCACGAGUUCAAAUCGUAUAUUUCAUGACAAACAUUGUUCCGUACUGGACGUGAUUAUGUUUGUCUACGGAGCAGGGAUACUGCACUUGCUUUGCUCAGGGGCCAGAUUUUCAAAAUAAAAGCAGGCCAGUUACAAAAUUAAUAAAUAGUAUAUAAUGGUACACCCCAGGAAUUUUUUCUUUUAGGAUCUAUUUCGAUGCCUUUUCAUGCACUGUUGUGCCUUAUUUACAAUCAAACUUAAUGUCAAUUUUAUUAUUUUCAUUGUGACUUAGAAAAGUCUGUGGGGGCCACCCGGCCACUCUAUCAGCCCCUGGGCCGUGAGUUGAGUUUCCCUGCUCUGAGCCUUUUAAAGCUACCUGUUUGUAAGUGUUUGUGAAGCGGACACAGUGGUUCUACAGUCUUAAAAAAAAUAUUAGUCCACCCUUUUUCUCUAAUUUCUUGUUCAUUUUAAUGCCUGGUAGAAUUAAAAGGUACAUUUCUUUGGACAAAUAUAAUGAUAACAACAAAAAUAGCUCAUAAGAGUUUAAUUUUUAACAGCUGAUAUCUAGACAUUUCCCAUGGUUUACUUGAUAAUAACCAAAUCAUUAUCAAGAAAAGCAGAAAAAUAAAUUGAAUAAAAAGGGUGGUCUAAUAAUUCUUUCCAUGACUGUAAGUGAAAGGUUUGUUUCUGAUUUGGCUACCUUUGAUGGAAAUUUUGUGUGGCACACUUCACAUGUUGAGCCCAUCAGUAAUGUGUUGCCAUGGUAAUGACAGAAGCUUUCAGAGGGACCUGCGUGUGUUGUUGGAUAUUUUCCAUUUCCUGCAGACCUCCAGGUGAUGAACACUGUCCUGAUAGGAUUUUACCAUCUCUCAGUUCAGCUACCCCUCGUUUUUUUUUAAUUUUUAGUCUUAAUUUAGUGUCGUAAAUGGAAAUGAAGACACACUACAGCUGAACAUCCCACAACUUCAGCACCUCUGACAGUGCUGGAUCAUGAAGACAAAACUGUGAUAAUCAUAAUCUUUGUGUUAGAAUAUGAACUGAUGGUUAAGCCUUUUCGCUAUAAGCUACAAAACGCCUUGCUGUAAUAACGGUCGAGCGGUUUUUCAAAAUAAAUGGUGUAAAUACUGUGCACAGAGACGCAUUAACAGAGUAUUGAUGUAUUGUUUGUGAAAUCCACAUGACCACUACAGAUUCCUGCCUGACAGUCGGUUUCAUUGUAUAUUUUAUGUAUCAUUGUAAAUGGAGUCUUUUGCAUUACAGCCAGAUUUCUCUGAGAUAUCACAUCCAUUGGACUGUUGUAUAUGAUUUUUCUUUUUUUUAAAGCAUAAAAUGAUUUAUUUACCGUGUUUUGUGAUUUAAUGUGAUGAGAAAAAAGCAUUUAGCAGCCUCAGUGUCCAGGAUGUAAACACUACAGUUGAAGGUGAAAUGUUAAAAACUGUUAAAAGUCUUUCUGGCAACCUGGUCUCACAGAAAUCCGUGAAAUAGCCACGGAUUUCGCUUAACUCAAAAUCCGUGGAAUAGCCACGGAAUCGCUCAAAUUUCCAUGAAACUGACACGGAUUUCGCUACAAUGCAAGUUAAUGACAGUCAUAUCCCGUGGCUAUUCCAACAUACAAAGUGAUUAUGUACAUUCACUGAGUGAAUAUUUAGAAAAUAAAACAUAUAUUUCUCGCUAGAAAUGUGAUCAAAAUCCAUUUUUAUGCAGAAACUAAGUCAAAAUAUUGAUUUUUCACUAAAAAUGAGAGAACUGUCCGCCAUGUUUUUUGUUCUGACCGCUGAGGCCUUGAAAGUCACGUGACUUGGGACAAACCAAUAGCCACGGGAUAUGACUGUCAUUAACUUGCAUUAUAGCAAAAUCUGUGUCAGUUUCACGGAAAUUUGAGCGAUUCCGUGGCUAUUCCACGGAUUUUGAGUUAAGCGAAAUCCGUGGCUAUUUCACGGAUUUCUGUGAGACCAGGUUGCUUUCUGGAGUGUGAAGUGGAGGAAGUAAUAACCGGCCUGUGAGGGUAAAUUAAGGAAUUGAGCACUUUAAGUGACAGAUAUAAACUUGUCUCCUUCAUGUUCAUCACUGCACUCGCUGUGUUGUUGCCAAUCAGUCCCUCCUCCUGUCACAGCUGAAGUGUAAACAUUUUUUAGUUUUUUUGUCGUCUACUUUUUCCUCUUUUACCAGUGGUGCUUGUGGAAUCAAUGUCAUGCGCUUUUUUCUUUCUCAGGUUCUUCUUGUCUUGUUUUUUUCAUAUCUUAUCGAGCUAUUAUUUGUCCUUUCAGUGUCAUUAAUUAAUGAAGAUGUUCUACAAUCGAAAAAAAAUGGCUGUUAUGGUAACUUCUCUUUUAUCAACCUCAGCUCUUGAAUUAUCCUUUUAUUUUGCAAAUCUGUUUUCAUACUUACACUGCACUAUUAAAACAUAUCUUUUUAAA